AUGUCUGACAAGCAGCCUGGCAGCAAGCUAGCUCAAGUUCCGUUCCCAGAAUGCGAGCAGCCUGAUAAGGGCUCAUCAGGAGCCUCAAGUGGAGUCGAUAAGCAAGGUGGUACUGAAAAUUCCCCCGAAGAGGCAAAGAGAAAUGAUGCAGGUUCAAAGGCCCGUGAACGACAAGAGAGAUUUAAGGCUCUCCAAGCUCGCGCAAAAUAUGCCGCGGAGCGGAAUCUGAAAGAGACCGCAGCCGAGACCCAACGACUAGCAACCGACCCAUCUCUGCUCUCGUCACUGUCGCGCAAGCACGCAUUCGCAUCUCAUAAUUUACUCAAAGCUGACACGGAAGCGGCUGGCGAGGAUUUUGAACGUAAGCGGGCAUGGGACUGGACCGUUGAUGAGUCCGAGAGAUGGGACAAGCGUAUGGAAAAGAAACAGCAUCAUCGAGAUGAUGUUGCCUUCCAAGACUAUACGCAAGAUGCACGGAAAGUCUAUAAGAGACAAUUGCGUGAGAUGCAACCUGACCUGGAAGGUUACGAGCGGGAGAAAAUGGCGGCUAUUGAAAAGGCUGCUGCCAACGGCGACCUGGAAAUUGUGGAAACCAACGAUGGCGAAAUGAUCGCUGUCGAUAAAAAUGGGUCUUUCUACUCCACUGCAGACAGUGUUGGAUUCACUGAAAACAAGCCCGAUCGCGCAGCUGUUGAUAAGCUUGUUUCAGACCUGAGAAAGGCUGAAGAAGUACGGCUUAAGAAGCGCAGAGAUCGUCGUGGCGACGAUGACGCCGAUGUUACCUACAUCAAUGAGAAGAACAAGCAAUUCAACCAGAAGUUGGCUCGCUUCUACAACAAGUAUACUACUGAGAUUCGCGACAGCUUCGAGCGUGGUACCAUGAUUUGA